AUGUUGAAACAGCUCCUAGAUAAAGAUAGUUCCUUAACAGGAAAACGUGUUCUUGAUCUGGCCUGUGGUCAUGGCCAUUAUACACGUGAAUUGAAAGCCUUAGGUUGUGCUUACAUUCUCGGUGUCGAUGAAAGCUCAACAAUGAUCGAAAUCGCCCAUAAUAGUAAGUGGCAUGAUUCAGAAGGUAUCGAAUAUAUGGUUGCCGACGUGAAAAAUUUGCCUCCACCGAAGUCACCAUUUGAUUUAGUGACUGCAUUCUAUCUAUUUGACUAUGCUCAAACAAGAGAUGAACUACUUACAAUGGUUCGCGUUAUUUAUGCACAACUCGGUGAAAAUAAGACCUUCAUUGGCAUCAUAGGCAAUGUAGUGGCAGGCAAAGCCAUGUUUAACAACAGGAAGUAUGGUAUAACAAGAGAAACAAAAGCUUCCAUGGAUAGUGAUUCAUUGCCUGAUGGCACCGAAAUCAUUGUCACGCUCUACAAUGAUCAAGACGUCGAAAUGUGUAGCUUUACAAAUUAUCAUUAUUCUCCGGAAACCUAUGAACAAAUAUUUAAAGAAGUUGGCUUUAAAACAUUUCAAUGGGUUCCUUACCAAUGUGAUCCCGACGAUCCUAAUCGAACAUUUUUCGAUGAUUUAAUUCGUCGUGCUCCUUCGAUUGGUAUAAUAGCAACAAAAUAA